AUGUCUAUUCCUCGCUCUUCUUCUGCUCGCACGAUCAUUCAUGUUAAUGGAUCCUUCAUUGGUGGUACUUGCUUCCUCGACCUGCCGCUCGAACUACGCACGAUGGUCUACGACUUGAGCAUACUCAAACAACAGAGAUGGGCUUUCCCUUUGCCUGGCCAACCUAAAGCCAAGGUAAUGGGAAUUAACUUGUUGCAAUCCUGCAAACAGGUCCGCCAGGAACUUUACGAUCGAAUUUGGAUCAAGACUUGGUACAUCAGCUUCCCGUUUCCUUCAGAUCGUGUAGAUGGUCCCUCCAUUGACCUUUCUUACGCGGUCUCUCGUCUGAACACUGAAGCGUUGGCAAAUGUGACCGCGCUUCAUCUGAAUGUCGACAUCGCCCGCAAACCGUAUUCGGUAUUUGGCUUGAUCGACCUGCAAAUAUUGGCUGUGUUCAAAUCUCUCAUCAGAGUAUUUGUAUGUUUUGAACUCGGGCAUAUCGACCAAGCUCAGCCUGAAGAUCAAAUGGCAGCCAUGACCAAAGAGAUACCGUUGCUGACCGGAUAUCUCGUACAAAUGCUCAUACAGACUCCUAAGCACGUUACUGUCGCGUGGUUCUUGAGGUACCGAGAUGGUCCCAGAAAAUCCUCAGAGUUCGUACAUCCUACAUGGGUGGGUUUGGGCGAUCUUGUCGAAAGAUACAAGGACUUAAGAGGUUUGGUCUACAAAUCUGGAAUCGCCGACGUUUCCUCCAACAUCAGUGGGAGUUCGGUAAGUCAAUCAUCAGCGAUCUUUGGUCAUCUUAUAUUGACAACUGCAGCCAUGUUGAUUCAUGAAACUUCGCUCUUUCAGAUCACAUCGCGUGAACACGGCUGA